AAGCUUCUCCAAACUCCAAAGUAUAACCCACAGCACAGCAGAUGUUAGAUUCUUCCUUCUCAAUCCUUGGCAGCAUAAGAUUCAGGCACAGGCAUCGUGUAGCGCCGACGAGGGUAACGCCAGCUGCAUAGAGGAAACAGAGAGCUCAGAAUCGAUAGAGUAGUGCCGGAGCAUAAAAACGUCGGCAUCAACUUAGCCUUCACCGGAGCUCCUUGUCUCCGGACAACAGAUUUCAGCGGUGGCUCACGCUGCUGAAUACAAGCUCUACAGCCUGAAGAACGGUGGUGAAGAGCAAAUCUGUGGUUGAUUUUGGAUUGUUGCCUUUGUAUGAGCAAUAAGAGAAGCCAAGAAUAUGCUUUUAAGAGGGGCUGCCCGAUCAAGUUCAGUUGCUUGCAGAUUUUUGAAUUUUAAAGAAUUUAAAAAGGGACAGAAGAUUGUUCAUAGGAAAGGGUGUCACAAGGAACCAAUUUCAGGAGAAAAUUGUGGAUGCACUUUGUUCAGGAGAAAGGGACAGAGCUUCUACCCUCCUGUUAGAGCUUGGCCAUGAAAGACCCACCUUGAGUUCUAAUGAUUUUAUUAGUAUUCUUCAACAUUGCACAAAGUUGUCUGAUCCACUGUUUCUUAUGGAGACGUGGAAGCUAAUGGAAGAAAAAGAAAUUGACAUAAGUCGUGAAUGCUAUUAUUUAGCUAUCCAGGCACUAUGCAAGGGUGGUUACUUGAAUGAGGCAUUCCGUUUGAUGAAUAUUAUGAGGGAUAACCCUAGUGUUCAUUAUUUUCUACCUAUCUACAACAAGUUGUUGGGGGCUUGUGUUCAAAUGCACAAUAUAAGUUAUGUCAAUCAAUGUUUGGAUUUGAUGGAUCAUCAGAUGGUGGGCAAGAAUGAAAUAACAUAUUAUCAGCUUCUCAAGCUUGCAGUUUUCCAGCAAAACCUCCCUGCUGUCCAUGAGAUUUGGAAGGAGUGUACUAAUCUCUAUAAACCCAGCAUUAUUUUUCUACGAAAGUUUAUAUGGUCCUUUUCAAAGUUAAGAGAUAUGGAAUCUGCUUACCUGACUCUACAACAAAUGGUAGAUAUGGUCUUCCAAGGGGGUUUUCUUUUUAGUAAAACUGCUGAGGGAAAGAUGCGAAAUUUGCGAUUGGACAUUCCGGCACCUUGCAAGGGUGAUUCAAGUCUUCUAAGAAGUGCCAAGGAAAAUGAAGGUUUCAUGCAUUCUGCCAAUAGGUACUACAAUGAUAUGGGCAUGCAUGCAAGUACCAGUGAGCAUUACUUUAAUAUUGGCAACAUAAAGAAAAAUGCCUUUGACAUUUCAAAAAGUACAGUAAGAAAACAAAAAUCCAUAGCUGCCAUGAAGUUGUUGAAGUGGUCAUUCAGUGAUGUCAUGCAUGCUUGUGCAGUCAUGCAAAAUGAUGUUCUUGCAGAGCAAUUACUAUAUCAGAUGCAAAGUCUUGGGUUGCAACCAUCAAGACAAACGUAUAAUGCCUUCACCAUGGCGGUUCUUAAUGCAAGAGGUUUCCAUGAUGCCAUUGAAGUGGUAAAAAUUAUGGAGAAGAAGAACAUGAAGCCAUAUGAUUCAACUCUUGUGUGUUUAUCAGUUAGUUGCAGUAGAAAUUUAGAGCUGGAUUUAGCUGAGUCUUUCCUUGAUCAAAUAUCUACUUUUGAAGGUCCUUAUCCUUUUAAUGCUUUCCUUGAAGCAUGUGAUGCCCUGGACCUACCUGAAAGAGCAGUCCAGUCAUUGACUAAGAUGAAAAAAUUGAACAUUCAACCAGAUAUCCGGACAUAUGAGUUACUAUUCUCAUUGUUUGGAAGUGUAAAUUCACCUUUCAUGGAAGAAAAUUUAAUGUUUCAAAAUGAUGCUGCCAAACAAAUACGUGCUAUAGACAUGGAUAUGAUGAAGAAUGGCGUUCAACACAGCCAGCUAUCUAUGAUGAAUUUGUUGAAAGCACUUGGGACCAGGGGCUUAGUAAAGGAGAUGAUUCAAUUCUUACAAGCUGCAGAGAACCCAAUCCCUCACUAUCAAAGUUCUCUUGGAACUAGUCUCUAUAACACAGUUUUGCACGUGCUUGUUAGGGCAAAAGAAACUAAUGCGGCCAUCAGUAUAUUCAAAGGUAUGAUAUCAUGUGGAGCUUCACCAGAUGCUGCAACUUACACGAUCAUGAUUGAUUGCUGCACCAUUAUAGACAAUUUCAAAUCUGCCUGUACCCUGGUUUCCAGGAUGAUCCGUGAUGGUUUCGUUCCCCAAAUAUUUACUUAUACAAGCCUUAUUAAGAUUCUGGUGGAAUCAGAGGAUUUUGACAAGGCAUUUAGGUUACUCAACCAGGGAAUUUUGGAUGGGAUCCAGCCUGAUGUAUUGCUAUAUAACAGAAUUGUUCAAAAGGCAUCUGAGAAGGGAAGAAUCGAUGUGAUUGAGCUCUUUGUUGAGCAGAUGCACCGGGAUAGAGUUCAGCCUAAUUCAUCAAUUUGCCGAAAUGUAUUCUUUGCAUAUGUAGACGGGAGAUUUUAUAAAACUGCUAUUGAGGCAUUGCAGGUUUUGAGUAUGAGGAUGAUUUCUCUAGAUGACAACGUUUUGGACGAACGACAAGCUGAAUAUGAGCACCUAAUUCUGAACGAGGAAACAGAAGAUGAGACGAAGAUAACCAAUCUCUUUAUUGAAGACGGUAGGGAGGACCAUUCCGUCGCAUUACUUAUCUUAAGAUGGUGUGCCAUACUUGGAUUUCCAAUAUCUUGGACAUCUAACAAGAGCCAGUGGGCUAAGAGACUAUCGAUGAACUAUGACCGUUCUAUACUAGUGGCAGAUGAUAAUUCUGAGUCUGAUCGCUUUUUCUCGACUACUCUGACCAGAAGGCAGGCAUGAAGUCUUCUCUUCUAUAUUUCUGCUUCAUCGUCAACUUAAUGUGCUUAGAUCAAGUUUCUGAUUAGAUUUGAAGUUGGGAGAUGAAUGAAGUAGGCGGCAUUUGAUUCAGAGAUAGGAAAUGGAAUCAAAUACCAUCCAUAUCUUCAUUCACCUUUUGGUUUGUUGAUGACGAAAAAUGUAUAAAUUCCAUAUGAUUUACUUGCAGCAUGUUUGGCUUGUAGCCUUGUAGGAUAGGCAAUGAAUGAAAUAGGAUUUUGAGGAAA